CAAGUGAAUGUGGCCAAACACCAACACGACAUUGUUUUAUGCGUUUGAAUCAAGAUAAUGAUGAUCAAGAUCAAGGUGGAAAUAGCCAAAAUCAACAACAACAACAUAAUUGUCAAUUAUGUGAUCAAAAUGAUUAUCGUUAUAGUCAUCCAUCCAAAUAUUUAACUGAUUUAAAUAAUCCACAUAAUUUAACAUGUUGGAUAUCGGAAACAUUCGAUGAUCCACAACAAAAUGUUACAGCUAUAUUAAGAUUAGGUAAAAAAUAUGAAUUAACAUAUAUUAGUUUACAAUUUUGCGAUAUGAAACCUGAUUCAAUGGCAAUAUUAAAAAGUAUGGAUUAUGGUGAAACAUGGCAUCCGUUUCAAUAUUAUUCUAGUCAAUGUCGUAAGGUUUAUGGUAGACAAAAUCGUGCUGCAAUCACUAAAGCCAACGAACAGGAACCAUUAUGUGCUGAUUCAAAUACCGAACCAAUUCAAGGAUCAAGGGUAGCAUUUUCAACGCUGGAAGGUCGUCCAUCAGCAUAUGAUUUUGAUAAUAGCCCUGUAUUACAAGAUUGGGUUACAGCAACCGAUAUUAAAAUUGUUUUCAAUAGACUAAGUACAAUGGAUUCUUCGGCUGCCGCAGCAUCAAAAACUUUGGUUCAAAAUGAUCAACCACCAACCCAUAAAAUUAAACAAUUUCGUUCAAACAGCAACGAUGAUGAUGAUGAAGAUGAAGAUGAUACGGAUGAUUUGGAUGAAGAUGAAGAUGAUGAUUUAGAUGGUGUUGAUGAUAAUAAUAAAAAUAAAACAAAAACAAUGAAAACAAAUCCGGUUAACGAUGGUAACGAUGAUGGUAAUGAUAAUGGCUUCAACAAUAAUCGAUUAGAUAGUAUAUUUUAUGCUGUAUCCGAUUUGGCUGUUGGUGGUCGUUGUAAAUGUAAUGGUCAUGCUUCAAGAUGUAUUGAAGAUAAUGAUGGUCAAUUGAUUUGCGAUUGUAAACAUAAUACGGCUGGACGAGAUUGUGAAAAAUGUAAACAAUUUUAUUUUGAUCAACCAUGGGCAAGAGCUACAGCACAUGAAGCAUUAGAAUGUCAACCUUGUAACUGUAAUCAUCAUGCCAGAAAAUGUCGUUUCAAUAUGGAACUUUAUAAAUUAUCUGGACGUAAAAGUGGUGGUGUUUGUUUAAAUUGUCGCCAUAAUACAGCUGGUCGUCAUUGCCAUUAUUGUAAAGAAGGCUAUUAUCGUGAUUCAAGUAAACCAAUAUCACAUCGUAAAGCAUGUCGAGCAUGUGAUUGUCAUCCGGUUGGAUCAUCUGGUCGUACUUGUAAUAUAACUAGUGGUCAAUGUCAAUGUAAACCUGGUGUUACCGGUUUAACUUGUAAUCGUUGUGCUAAAGGAUAUCAACAAUCACGAUCACCAAUUCAACCAUGCAUAAAAAUUCCACAAAAUAAUGAAAUAAAUUUCAUAUCAAGUGAAACAACAAGUCAAGAAGAUGAACAAGAAUCAACAUCAUCCGAAAACGGUUGUUUUGAAUGUCGAUUAUCAACCAAACGUAUUAAUAUGCUUAAAUAUUGUAGCAAAGAUUUUGCUAUCCAGGCAAAUGUUAUAUCACGUGAAACAUUUGGUAAUGAUUGGAUAAGAUUUACAAUACAAAUUGGCCAUAUGUUUAAACAUGGAAAUUUAAGAUUAAAAAAACCAUUGGAUUAUUUAUGGAUACCAAUGUCAGAUUUUCAAUGUAAAUGUCCAAAAUUAAAAAUUAAACAUACAUAUUUAAUACUUGGUACAUAUCAAAAAGAAACAUUACAAAAUUAUCGUUUGAUUGCUGAUCGUAAUAGUAUUGUUAUUGAUUGGGGUGAUGAAUGGCAUGAACGUAUUCGUCGUUUUCAAAAACGACAGCUUAAAGGCAAAUGUAAAAUGGAACUUGAAUGAUCAAUUGAAUGAAUUGCUGGAUGACUGGAUGAAUCUGAAUUCAUAAUGAUGUCAACUUUUUGGAUAAUAAUCAUCAAAUGUGAACCAUUUUUUUGUUGUAAUUUCCAUCAAA